AAAUUGAAUUGCGCGCCUCCUGCAACGGGACAGUUGGCAAACCAAAAAAAUUAUCGAUCGUUAAUUUCAGCAGAAAUAAUGUGUUCCAAACAGGUGCGCGAAUGGCUUGUUUUUCUCACCAUGGAGAAGUAUAUGCAUUGCUUUCUAGAGCGCGGCUACAUUACCAUUGAGCAGUGUCAACAAAUCAUCAACAGUGAUCUCAUAAUGCUGGGCAUCGACAAUCCAACACAUCGCAAACUUUUAUUAGCUGGCGUUCAGUUGCUGAUUAAUUCGCCCAAACUAUUUGCUUGCUCUGAGCCUUGCGAGUUUCAUCCCACAAAUUCGGUGGACAUCAACAUAUCCGCCCAAUUCUUGGUUACGUGCAAGAUUGACUUGCACUUAGAUGUGGAGAACAAAUCGAAUUUCUUAUCAAGAACACCGUCGCCAAACGAAUAUAUCAAUGAUUCAGCAUUUCCCAUUUCCCACACUGAUCUGCCCAACUUCGAGAGUGAUGAGCUCCUUGCGCUGCAGAUGGAUGAGCUUCUUAACUAGGAUUUGCUCCCGGAUAACUUAUGAAAGCAAGCAUCCCUUAUU